AUGACUAUCCUCACCGUCCCCGAGUCAAGUAUCCGCGUUGCGAUCGACCGCGGAGGCACCUUCACGGACGUACACGCCUCUGUACUUGACGCCUCCGUUGGUGGCCGUAGCGAGUUUGUCAUCAAGCUCCUCUCACAGGAUCCUGGCAACUACGCCGACGCGCCGACAGAGGGUAUCCGCCGCGUGCUGGAGCGUGUCACGGGUACUUCUAUCCCGCGCGGCGAGCCGCUGCCUGUCAAGCACCUUGACUACGUCCGCCUCUCGACGACUGUCGCGACCAACGCCCUCCUCGAGCGUAAAGGCCAGGACCACGCUCUGGUUAUCACUAAGGGGUUCCGCGACCUGCUUGAGAUCGGGAACCAGACCCGCCCCCGCAUCUUCGACCUCAACAUCAAGCGUGCGCUCCCCCUGUACUCCAAGGUCGUCGAAGUCGACGAGCGCGUCACUCUUGUCGGGUACACCUCUGACCCGAAACACGCCGAGCAUGCCGUCGCGUUCAACCCCGACGGCUCCAUCCAAAAGGGAUACACCGGCCCAGGUGCGGAGGCGCAGGAACGCUUCAUGCCCCAGCCCGUCGUGCAGGGCCUCUCUGGCGAGGCAGUCAAGGUCCUCCAGACGCCAGACGAGGUCGCCCUUCGUGCCGACCUCCAGGCCGUCUACGACGAGGGGUACCGCGCCGUUGCCGUGUGCCUCGCUCACUCGUACACGUACCCCGAGCACGAACUUAUCGUUGGCCGCAUUGCCUCCAAAGUCGGCUUCGAGAACGUCUCGCUCUCCUCCCAGCUCCUCCCCGUCAUCAAGAUGACGACGCGUGGGCAGAGCACGACCGCCGACGCGUAUCUGACCCCAAUUCUGAAAGAGUACCUCCGCGGCUUCUACGCCGGCUUCGAGGGCGGUGCAGAGGGCGGCCUCCGCGUCGAGUUCAUGGGUUCGGACGGCGGUCUCGUUGAGCUCAAGCACUUCUCCGGCCUCAAGUCCAUCCUCUCAGGCCCUGCUGGCGGGGUGGUCGGUUACGCUUUAACUAGCUGGGACGAGGACGAAAAGGCCCCUAUCAUCGGCUUCGACGUCGGCGGCACGUCAACCGACGUAUCCCGCUUUGCGGGCCGGUACGAGAGUGUAGCUGAGACGACCACGGCCGGGAUCGCAAUCAACGUGCCCCAGCUUGACAUCAACACCGUUGCCGCGGGCGGCGGCUCCUGCCUGACGUACAAGAACGGCCUUUUCCGCGCCGGCCCCGAGAGCGCGGGUGCGCACCCCGGUCCCGCGUGUUACCGGAAGGGUGGGCCGCUCGCGCUCACCGACGGAAACCUAUUCCUCGGCCGCCUGGUGCCGCAGUACUUCCCCAAGUGCUUCGGCCCCAACGAGGACGAGGAGCUCGACCCAUCCGCAAGUAUGCGUCAGUUCGCCGCCCUGGCCGACGAGAUCCGCGCCGACACGGGCACCAACAAGGACAUGGACGAACUGGUGUACGGCUUCGUCAAGAUUGCCAACGAGACGAUGGCGCGCCCGAUCCGCACACUGACCGAGGCGCGCGGUUUCAAGACCAGCGACCACGUCCUCGCCUCGUUUGGUGGCGCGGGUGGACAACACGCCUGCGAAAUCUCCGAGUUGCUGGGCAUCUCGCGUGUGUUGAUUCACAAAUUCUCCAGUGUCCUCAGCGCGUACGGCCUCUCCCUCGCCGACCGGGUAUACGAGCUCCAGGAGCCUGCGGCCGACGUGUAUGCGUCCGCAGCGCCAGUGCUCAUGUCGCGCCUCGACGGGCUGGGCGAACGUGUACGCGAGGUGCUCAAGGCCGCGGGUUUCACCGACUCCAAGAUCCGUCUGGAGCGCCAGCUCAACAUGCGUUUCGACGGCAGCGACACUGCCCUCAUGGUCCUCGCGCCCGACGAAGACUUUGCCGAGGCGUUCCGCCGCGCUCACAUGGACGAGUUUGGGUUCCUGCUCGACAAGGAGAUUGUCGUUGACGACAUCAAAGUCCGCGGUAUUGGGAUGAGUUACGAGUCUCUGGGACGUAGUGCUCUCGCGGAGGCACGAACCCUAUCCUGCUCGCCACCUCCCAAGGCGGACCUUGCGCAGGAGGUAUAUGUCUGGAAGGGGGAGAGUGGUGGUCGCGUACAGGCGCCAGUGUACGAGCUUGAGAGCCUUAGAACAGGCAACGCGGUGCCCGGACCCGCACUCGUUAUCGACGACACACAGACCAUCUUUGUCAACGUCGGGUGGACGGCGCUCGUGACGACAAACCACCUCAUGCUCGUGCGGGAGUGA